AACCUGUAUGAUUUAAUUAAAGAUUGGAUGUGAUUAAUAGCCUAAUAACAAAUUUUGGUCGCCUUUUAGGCUAACAAGGAUCAGUAAAUGCAUAACAAUUAACUACCCGUCUUUCAUUAAAAUUAUUUACUUAAGGGGUUUAGUUAAAGUGUAUAAAAAAACUUGCAGAUUUUGUCAUCAGACGAAUAAGCUUCUGUAAGCACAAGUGAAAACACUAGGUGCCGCAUGAGCUGCUGCUGUCUUAUUAAGGCGAUGCGUCAACGUGGCCGCCAUGUUGGGACGGCAAUCUCGCGUCUCCUAAUGCGUGUAGGCUAUGUGUUGUGAAGGAAAGAGGUUUAUCAACAAUGAAGAGAAUCGCCCCACUGACUGAAUUUACUGGAAUUUUCCAGUUCUUUGAAGUCUUGCUCCUUGGGAAGAGGAGUCAUAUAAGUCUGCCUUGUCAUUAAAAGAUUCUUUCAAGUACCUAAACACCAGAGCCCUGUGGAAUCACCAGUCUCUCACUGGAGUUCUGUCAUUGUGGUGAAGCUCUGAUUGAGAUGGCUAUGUCACUGCACUGCCACAGGACAGUAAUGUUGGCUGUAGCCUUUUGCUUCCUGCCUUGCAUUACUUCCUCCCUCAGCCUGGAGGACCCCAACGUCUGCAGCUACUGGGAGAGCUACUCAGUGACAGUGCAGGAGACGUACGCCCAUCCUUUUGAUCAGAUUUAUUAUACCAGCUGCACCGACAUCCUCAACUGGUUCAAGUGCACCAGACACAGAGUGAGCUAUCGAACAGCAUACCGUAGAGGAGAGAAAACCAUGUACCGAAGAAAGGCCCAGUGCUGCCCAGGCUUCCAUGAGAAUGGAGAGAUCUGCAUUCCUCAUUGUGCAGAGAGCUGCGUUCACGGACAUUGUACGGCCCCCAACACCUGUCAGUGUGAGCCGGGUUGGGGUGGCACCAACUGUUCCAGCGCGUGUGACAGUAAACACUGGGGUCCCCACUGCAGUAAGAGAUGUCAGUGCCAGAAUGGAGCGCUGUGUAACCCCAUCACAGGAGCCUGCAUCUGCGCUCCUGGAUACAGAGGCUGGUGGUGUGAGGCCCAGUGUGAAGUGGACACCUAUGGAAACGGAUGCCAGCAGAAAUGCCAAUGCCAGAAUGGUGCCUCUUGUCACCAUGUUACCGGAGGAUGCAAGUGCUCACCAGGAUACACUGGAGCUUUCUGUGAAGACCUCUGCCCUCCUGGUAAACAUGGGCAGCAAUGUGAAGAAAGAUGUCCAUGUCAGAAUGGAGGCGUUUGUCACCACGUGACUGGAGAAUGUACUUGUCCUGCAGGAUGGAUGGGUACAGUGUGUGGUCAGCCAUGUCCAGAGGGGAGAUUUGGACAAAACUGUUCCCAGGAAUGUCAGUGUCACAACAAUGGCUUGUGUGUGUCAUCCACUGGACAGUGUCUCUGCAGUCCUGGAUACACAGGAGAACGGUGCCAGGACGAGUGUCCGGUUGGCACUUUCGGCGCCGGCUGUACAAAGAUGUGUCGCUGUAAGAACCAGAACAAGUGCGACCACACCAAUGGAAUGUGUCUGUGUGAACCAGGAUACACAGGGGAGACCUGUGAUGUCCGACUUUGUCCAGAAGGACACUAUGGCCUUCAGUGUGAUAUGAAGUGUCCAUGCCACGCCCAGAACACACACAGCUGCCACCCAGUGUCAGGGGAGUGUACAUGUCAGCCUGGAUGGUCAGGCCUCUACUGCAAUGAGACGUGCACCCCAGGAUUUUAUGGUGAUUCCUGCCAGCAAGUUUGCCAGUGCCAGAACGGUGCCGACUGCCUCAGUGUGACCGGAGAGUGUGUAUGUGCUCCAGGCUUCAUGGGUUCCAAUUGUUCGGUCCCUUGCCCAGCAGGAACACAUGGCACAAACUGCUCCUCCAGCUGUACUUGUAAGAACAGCGCUCAGUGCUCACCGGUGGAUGGAUCCUGCUCCUGUAGACCAGGGUGGCACGGGGUGGACUGCUCCAUCACCUGUCCCAGCAGGACCUGGGGCCUGGGCUGUAACCUCACCUGUAUGUGCUGGAACGGAGGAGCAUGUAAUGCCCUGGAUGGUCACUGUACCUGUGCUCCUGGCUGGAGAGGAGAGAAGUGUGAACUUCAUUGCCAGGAUGGUACCUAUGGUAUUGACUGUAAGGAACGCUGUGACUGUAGUCACGCUGAUGGAUGUCACCACUCUACUGGCCACUGUCACUGUCUGGCUGGAUGGACUGGUAUCCACUGUGACAGUGUGUGUGCAGCAGGCUACUGGGGCCCAAACUGCUCCUUCCCCUGUAAGUGUAAGAAUGGAGCUUCCUGCUCAACAGAUGAAGGAACCUGUGAGUGUGCUCCAGGAUACAGAGACUCCACCUGCCAGAGGAUCUGCUCUCCAGGUUACUUUGGUCACCGCUGCAGUCAGACCUGUCCACAGUGUGUUCACAGUAAUGGUCCGUGUCAUCACGUGACAGGACAGUGUGACUGUCUGCCAGGUUUCAUAGGGGCACUGUGCAACGAGGUAUGUCCCAGUGGUCGCUUUGGGAAGAACUGUGCGUGGAGCUGCCGCUGUACCAACAAUGGCACCUGUAACCCCAUCGAUGGCUCCUGUCAGUGUUAUCCAGGAUGGAUUGGCAACGACUGCUCCCAGCCAUGUCCGCCUGGUCAGUGGGGACCGAACUGCAUCCACACAUGUAACUGUCACAAUGGAGCCUACUGCAGUGCUUAUGAUGGAGAAUGCAAGUGCACCCCGGGAUGGACUGGCCUCUACUGCACACAGCGUCAGUUACAGAUGCACAUCCACAUCCACACACGCACACUAGUAGAUGUCACAUACAGUUGUUGCAGGGAUUUUCACUUCAGAAAUUAACAAAAUAUUUUACUUGGCUAUGAGUCCAUAUACGUUUGCUGUAGUACAUUACUGUGGAAACAGGUUUAUAUAUUCCCUUCUCACCCCUAUGGGGCGGUGUGUGUCUUCCUCAACCUCAAGCUCUCUACCAGAGGCCUGGGAGUUUGAGGGUUCUGCACAGUAUCUUAUCUAUACAGUAUUUAGCUGAACAGAGAGCUCUGAUGCCACUCCUGGGAUCUUUGAGUGCUCCUACCACCACUGGGUACGCCCUGGUAUUUCUCCAGCAUCUCAUAGUCCUUGCUCUUGAUGUUGCUGUUAUUUGGAACUGCUGUGUCUACCACCACCACCUCCUUCUGUUCCUUGUCUACUACCAUGAUGUCUGGUCGGUUGGCCAAUACUUUCCUGUCUGUCUGGAUCUGUGAGUCCUGUUAUUCACCGCGACCUUCUGAGGAGUCUCCCAUCUGGACUCGGGAGGGUCUAGCCCAUACUCUGCGCGAAUGUUUCUGUACACAAUGCCAGCCACUAA